AUGCCGUUCCAGAUACAGUGGAAAGACGUCUACGUUUGCCUUGGCUGCUCCUUGAAGGCAAGCAAGAGAUCCAUUUCCUCAAGUACGAAAUACAGCAAUUCGAUCCCUGCAAGCCAGCAGACCGCAGACACCCCAUUAUUUGUGGAUCAACUUUCUCGAUACACCCCUGCCUCUCACCCUUCUGCGCAAACCGAUGAUUUCAGCCAAAAUGGGAACAUAUCUCAAUCCGUGGACAGCCCUAAAAAAAAGCAGGGAAACGCCAACCAAUCCCCAAAGCUCAAGGGAAUAAAAACCAGACGGGUUCAUCCUCGGCCACGGUUACUGGACGGACAGUUAGAGGGCAUAGCUGCGCUCAGCCGGCUGACGAAGAAAUUGGCUGAGGUAUCCAAAACCACAGUCUCGCUGCAAGAUACUCUGAAGCAAGUCCGUCAGGGAGACAACGAUGCGAUAGAAAAGAAAUUUAUAAGCACAUUGAGCGAGAUCUAUUCUGGGAGAAGUGUUGGGGUUCUGGUGCGGGAGCUCGUUGUCUUGCAAAAGCUCAAUCGAGACUCGCUAAUAAAUGCACGCAUCGAGCAUCUUGUCGCCGAACUAACAAGGGCUGGUCUUUUGGAAGCGCCGACAGGUAGUCAGUGGCAUCAUGUAGAACCUCAGAAGCACUCUAGCACUAAAAUAGUGGGAAAAGACCAGGCCUCGCGAUCGGCCGCAGUCACGACUCCUGCAAAGCUGAAGGAUCGUAAAGUCCCUGCUAGGGACUUGCGAAGGUCACCGAAUGAGGCAAAGCCUCGCAGAAGGGAAGCAGCAGCAAAAGUCGAAGCCACAGGUAGGAAAUCCAGACGUCGUACGAAUCCGGACCACCUGCCCACAAGCAAAGAGACACACGAAUUUACAUCAACCAUCGAAGUUGAUGCUGUGAGCAUCUCUCCGCUGCCUAGAACUGGACCAGAUGUUCCUCAUCUGUGCCAUGACCUGUCCAGAGUAUUGUUUAAUCCUGGCAUCUACCAACUGCAAGACCCCAGAUCACGGGUCUAUAAUUUUGAUCCGUACCUGGAGAAGAUCAUGCCCGUGUCCGAGUUCGACUUCAAGAUUCUCAAAGAGUAUAUCACUUCCUCCAGGGACGGAACCCUACGUUCAUUGGCCUUGGAGCAUGGCAAAAAAUACGUUGGCUCAUCAUCGAGCAUGACCUCUACGCUGGCUCAACUUCACUUUCUACUAUCACAAUGGAGGGAGAUCAAUACCAAGGUUAUAACGAGAGGAUUUUCUGAAACGUUGAGGUCAUUCACGUUGAUUCAGCGCAGUCCCAGUUCCGUCUUUCUCCGUUAUCAGGAUGGAGUAUAUGCUAUGGAUGCGGACAAAGAGUAUGAUUCAGCGAACAUAUUAAUGAGUUUGGGCAAGUCUAUGGAAAAGCUAUUGACCCAAGAACCUCAAGAUUUCGAGCGUUACCGGAAAACCAGCGAGACCAAGGUCCCGGAAGAAGAGCGCUGUGCGCCAGAAGCGUACCAAUAUACCCACGCUGGUGAUUUUCUCAUGCGUGCCCAACUGGACGCUUGCGAUCCUCGGCUACCUGGGACUGGUACUUUCGACUUAAAGACACGGGCGGUGGCGUCCAUCCGUCAUAACGUUAAACAGCACGAAGAGGGGUUCGGGUAUCAGAUCAAAACCCGGUUUGGAAAUUGGGAAUCCUACGAACGGGAGUACUUUGACAUGAUGCGGUCAGCUUUCUUGAAGUAUUCUUUGCAGGUGAGGUUGGGGCGGAUGGAUGGCAUAUUUGUCGCUUUCCACAAUGUCGAACGAAUUUUUGGCUUCCAAUACGUAAGUUUACCGGAAAUGGACAUGGCCUUGCACGGCCAAUACGACACCUCACUUGGAGACAAGGAAUUUAAGCUCAGCGUAGAGCUACUUAACCGAAUUCUUAAUUAUAUUACUGAGAGAUUCCCGAAACGGUCCUUGCGGCUCCAAUUCGAAACCCGCGACCCAGCUACUAGAGGAGCUUUUAUGCAUAUUUUCGCAGAACCGAUGGACGAAGCCAAGAUUGAGGCCAUCCAAAAUUCCAGAAAAGAGGCCAUUGACGCGUUUGAACAACGCUUGAUGAAUCCAGAUACGAGUUCUCUAAUUCAACACGUGGAUGACGUUGAAGCAGUGUACGAGCAGCCCAAUCUCCCUUCUGAGGCUUCCGCGGUCCCCGCAAAGACCGAAGAGUCUGCUACCCAAGUAGUCGAUCCUAUACUGACGGAGCAGCUUGCUGCUGUAGCUGACGCUGCAGCGGAAGAAGUACACGCCCCACCCCAUAGCAGAGAAGGUGGCUCCAAUGAGGCUGCUAGUGAUGAACAGCCCACUACCACUGCGAAAGGGCCACAGAAGGCGGAACCAGUCUCCAAGCUGCUAAUGCUGAAGCUGCGCAUACGGAAUAGAGUCAAUGAGAAGAUUGUGGAACGGCCCACAUCUCUCGCUAGUUCUGACGUGUGGUCCCUUGAUUAUAGUCUGGAGGAGGAAACAACAGAGGCUGUUGCGCAAGCUCAAUACCGCGCGUCAAAGGCACGAAGGAAGGCCGUUUUGGAGGACCGAGAGCAGAACUCGGCGGCCAAUUUCUAUUUAAGGAAAUUGCGCGAAAUGGCAAGCCAGGGGGCGGAAUGGCGAAAGGCUCAGGACGAGCUAGACGCUGGUCGCAAGCGGGUCGUGCUGUAUGAAGGUCGAUAG